CCAAGGAAGUGUAACUGUAUAUGAACAUUGAAUAUCCUCUGAUUUUUUGUAUAUCAGUUUCAUCUCAUCUCAUCUCAUCUCAUCCCAUCUGAUUCUGUAUUUCUCAUCCUCACUGUGACUUCCUUCCCAAACACACGCAGCAUAAUCCAGCUCCUCGCCCACAACACACCACUCAAAAUGCACUCACCACUCGCACUACUCUCCCUCCUCUCCAUCUUCUCCAAUUCUCUCAUCCACGCAAACCCUCUCCCUCUUCCCAUCCCCGUACCCGAAACCUCCGCCGCAAACGCAACCGCAGCCUGCACCGACAUCCGCAUCAUCACCGCGCGCGCAUCCACCGAAACGCCCGGCGAAGGCAUCAUCGGAUCCCUCGCUUCAGCCAUCCAACUCGCGACCAGCAAAUCCGUCACGCGAACUUCGGUUUCCUAUCCGGCGGUGCUGGCGCCUUAUGCACCCAGUGUUGCAAGUGGUGUUGCGGCUAUGAAGGCGGAUAUCAUUGCGGCGGUUGAUGCGUGUCCGUCGCAGAAAAUUGUUCUCUUGGGAUAUUCGCAGGGUGCGGAAUGUAUCAGUGAUACGCUUGGAGGUGGAGGCGGCGGAACAUUGGGGACGAAAACGCCGGCGAUUGACUCCGCGUAUGGUUCGCAUGUUAAAGCUGCUGUUAUGAUGGGUGAUCCUCGCUACAUGGUCAACCAACAAUCUUUCCACGUAGGAACCUGUUUCCAAAACGGACUCUUUCCCCGCUCGAGCGAUCAAUCGCUCACAGCCUAUUCGAGUAUCGUGAAAUCGUACUGCGAUUUUGGAGAUCCGUUUUGUUGCUCGGGAUUGGAUACUUUGGCUCAUUUGACGUAUGUGACGAAGUAUCAGUCGUUGGCUUUGUCGUUUGUUUUGGGGAAGAUUGCUUAGGGUAGAGAGGGAAAUUGAGGAUAGGAAUUAUGGGGAGGAGUAUGGAAUGGGGGAAAGUAACCGGUGGAGAGAGGAAGUUGGGUAGGCUGGGGUGGAAGAAAAUGAUGAAGUACGUCUCCUGGGUGAUGGUGCGGUUUAUGCUUCGUUUGGAUAUAUAUAUAUAUUUUUCUCUUCUUUGUAUCUAACUUUUUUUAUGAUGAUGAAAUUGGACUAGGGGGAGUGGCAUUCAACAUGCUAGUUAUGAAAUCUUUCUUCCAUCUUUGGUUCUUUCGAAUCCGAUGCGUGUGCCUCUGUGAGAAUACAUACCAUAUUGGUGAUACUCCCG